AUGUGGAGACACUCCUCAAAAUCCAUGUCAACAUUUUUCAAAUAUCAUUUCAAAUCUCUACUCGGAAAUGAACGUCAGCACACUUUACAUGUUGCUAAAGGAAUUUAUUCGAGUGACACUGAUUGUAUGGUGGCAUUUCCAUCUGGACGAUUUGAAACUAUUGUUGUGGAAGGAAAUGAUGCAAUUGUGGAUUGUUCCAAUAGUAAGGCAUCUUUUUGGAUGGAUCUGAGUGAAAAGAAAUAUCCUUCAGAAUUUAUCGUUCGAAAUUUGGAGUUGAAUGUUGACAUGUCGUUGUUGAAUGCACACUUUAUGAAUGUCACACUUAACAACUCCAAGUUUGUGUCAAGCUUUUCCAAAAUUGCCUCUUCAAAUGUUGUGGAAAUUCAUGGAUGCACCUUUACUGAACAUUCGUUUUUAAUGUCAGGAGGAGUUUUCUCAUUGAUCAUUUCUUCAUCCAAGUUUGAAAACAUUUCAAAGAAGGAAAAUAUGGUUAGAGUCGUUGGAGGACAAAGUCUACGCAUUGAAAAGUGCACAUUUUCAAGAUCAGAGGCGAGAUCAGUUUCAGUGAACAGUAUUUCAGCUGUGAUUAUUGAACAUUCAAUAUUUUCACACACGGGAGGAAUUUUUAUUGAUUUUCAAGACAUUUCAUCGAACGCAAAAUUAUUAAUUUCCGAUUCCACAUUUACCAACAAUACAUCUGUGAACAAUGGAGGUGCAUUGUCACAAUGGUGGAGCAUUAUCCAAGCACAACAUUUAAUGCUCUACACAUCAGAGUUUUCAAAUAAUACGGCAACGAAUGGUGGAGCUAUCUAUUUAUUGAAACCAGAAAAUGAUUUAAUUGUGCCAAAUUAUAGCUUUGGUUAUACCUCAUUUCAAGAAAAUACAGCCCAUAUUCAUGGUGGAGCUCUUUACAUGGGAACAGAACACUCUCAUGUAGAUGCUCAUCACUUUUCUUGUACCUCAAAUAUUGCAAGGUAUAGUGGAGGUUGUCUCUAUUCCUUAAAAUUCUUGGAAAAUUGGGAAAGAGACUCUUCUUUCUUAAAUAAUAUGGCUCUCGGUUAUGGAAACUCGUAUGGAUAUCCUCUGAAAAACUUGUCCUUCUCGAGUACAGUUGAAUUUAAUGAUGGAAAGAAAGUAUCGAGUGAUGGAUCGACUAUUCCUGUCAUGUCUGUUUAUCCUGGAGAGAGAAUAAUGUCACUCUCAUUGAGUAAUAUUCAAAACUUUGAUGGAACUCGUGUGAAAUUCCUGCGUACUCCUCUUUCAAUUCGGUAUGAUGAAAGCAUGACAAAAAUUGAGUACCUAACCUCAUCAAGGAACACAAGCAAAGUCGAAAGUAUUUCAGUGAAACUUCCAAGUGACACUUUACCAAGUGUGACAAUUUUAGCACAUCUUCAGAUUGAUUCACGCAAUGAAAUACCUUUUCGAAUCAAGAUUUUGCCAUGCCCGCCUAAUUUUCAUCUUGAAAACAGAUAUUCCAUAGACGGAUAUAUUUGUGUUGAAGAUAUUCCAUUGCAUGUCAUUAUUCCUGUCGUGGCCGUUGUCACAUUAAUUACUUUUAGCAGGAAUAUUGUCCUUGGCUUACACAUGUCACAAGGUCAUUCAAAAAUUGAAAACAUUGGAAAGAAAGCAACGGUAUGUGUUAACAGUCAACAUUACAUGUCUUUUCUACAAAGUGCUGAAAAACAAUUGGAGACUAAUUUUAUAAGAAUGAAAACCUAUUUUGAAGCAAGUUACUCGACCUCUCUGUUAAAGAAUGAUUUUCUUGAACGACGAUCGGACGAAGAAACCAAAUAUUUGAUUCCAGUCGAAGAUUUGAAAAUUAUUAAGAAAAUUGGUGAAGGAGCUAAUGGAAGUGUGUUUCGAGCCAAUUGGAACGGCACUGAAGUUGCAGUAAAAGCUCUCAAAUCAGAUGUGACUUCUGAGGAAUCGGCCGAAUUUCAGAAAGAAGCAGCAUUGUUGAGCACUCUUCGUCAUCCAAAUAUUGUCAAUUUUUAUGGAAUUAGCAUUUCAGACUCUACCAAGUGUAUGGUUGUGGAAUAUUUACCUAUGGGAAGUUUGGAUCGUCUAAUUUAUAAUUGUAAACUUGGUAAUCAAGUGUUGACGUUUUCACACAAGUUGGAAAUUUUAUUAGGGGUUGCCAAAGGAAUGGCUUAUAUGCAUUCAUUGAAACCAAAUCCAAUUCUUCACAGAGAUUUGAAACCAGCAAAUAUUUUGUUAUGUGGAAUGGAUCAUCAUUUGAUGAGUAAGGUCUGUGAUUUUGGAUUGUCAACUGUCAUGGGCUGUUCCAAUACAGCAACGACAAAUAUUGGAACAUUUUUUUACAUGGCCAAUUGUUGGAGUUGUAAUCCUGAAUUGAGACCUGAUUUUAUUCAAAUUAUUGAGAGUUUGUCUUUGGUUUGA